AUGGGUUGUCGAUUAAACGGCAAUGAAAAGCGCUGGCUAAAGAAUUUGAUAGAAGAGAAAAGUAUCACACUCUACCCAUACAGCAGGUUUGAAGUUCAGAAUAGUUGUAGGACUAUCAAGGAAUCCAGCCACAUGGUUGUACUUGAAGAAAUCCUAGAAUCUCACGAUAUUGCACGGGAGCACUUUUAUAACAGUGAGGAAUUUGCCAAUGAGGUGGCGAUUCACCAAAAAGCAAAUCAUUCGAACAUUAUUCGAUUUUUCGGUAUAACUGAAGAUCUAAACCGGAAAUUCAUAGUUCUCGAACAUGUCGAUGGUUCAUUAUUCAAAUAUUUAAAAGAACAUUCAAACAAACUAAGCUGGAAGAGAAAAAAUCAGCUUGCAUUAGAUAUAACCAAAGGCCUCGAGUAUCUUCAUAGCAUGAAAGUCUUACAUAAAAAUCUGACUUCAAAUAACAUACAUGUUCAUGACGGCACAGCAAAGAUUUCUGCUGUUGGCUUAUCCAGAUUAAUUCCACAAUCGACCAAUAGUCCAAGAUAUACUGACGUAAUGUACUGCGAACCAAACUUUAAGCAUAAUAAGGAAUCAGACGUUUACAGCCUUGGUGUACUAUUUUGGGAGAUAUCCGGCGGUAGACUAUCAUCCAACUUUGCCCUCCAAUUGGAACCGGUAGCAGGCACACCUGACGACUAUGUCAAGCUGUACAGAGAAUGCUGUGACAGGGACCCAAUUAAACGUCCUUCGUGCAAGGAAAUACGUAAUAUAUUAGAAAUUUCCUUAAUGUUAAAAGGUAACGACCCAAUGAAGAUUGGCAAUGAUGAUGAAUUGUUAGAACUACCUGAAGAACAACCGUACACGGAGCAUUUACUUGAAAUCAUUAACAAUCAAGCAACGGUGGGAGCAUUAGAGAUUCACUCAUUCAACUGGGUCAUGAACUGGCUGGCUAACAACAAUUACAUAGUAGAGAAUGUUCUGAACGCUCUGAUGAGCCAUG